CACGGAGCCAAGUUCAACACGCGCUGCUAACAUACGAUCGGUUCACAGCGGAUUUUAGAGAUCAUUGUUUCAGUGUAACUUUUCCAUCGGAUCACUCUUCACUGUACUGAUUUUAAAUGUGGAGACAUGAAAUGACAGUUGUUUCUCUCGAAUCAUACAAUACGUAUUUGUGUAGCAAUUUGAAAAAAUCUAUGAAUGUCCAAACCUUGUUGUCUCAUCGUCCCAUAAAUUUACCAGCUGCUGACUACCUAGUUAAUGUCUUCGCAAUCAUAUUGACUUGUGGCUGGAGACGUUGGGUGAUAUAGCUCAAAUUUAUUUGUAGUACCAGUCUUGAUAAAUACCACGUGGAUUACUAGAUCAUAUUCAUGAAUUCACCAAAUUCUAACCACCAUUGUUUAGUUCGUCACGAUCCUGUUACUGCACGUGCCAUUUCACGUUUAAGUCAUGGAGUUGCUCGUUUGACUGCAAGCCUUAAUCCCGAUAGACAGUAUCGACAUUUUCGUACCAGACACGCAAAAUCCAGGAACAGAACUGAAUCAGAAUCUACAUUGAACGACCGCCAAUCUAUUACAACAGGUUCAAAACGUAAAUGGCAACCGGAUAAAAUUGAACUGGAUACAAUCAUGGAAUUGGAACAUUCCACAGCUGUUUGUUUGAAACCUAUGCAAUCACCACCAUCGUCGUUAUUAUUAUCAUCGUCAUCAUCAAACAUGGAAUCAUUACAGCAUGUAUCCGUAUCGAUAGACGCUUUAAAUUUACAAACUAAACCAAUUCCACCCUUUUCUUGUUCGAAUUCUAUAUUGUAUAAAUCACUAAGCUCCGAUCAUAUUGAAGCCGUGGGACGUUAUUCUUCAGGAUCGUCAAUGCUUUCAGUCACUGGAUCAUCAGAUAAUAAUUCUGAGAGUGAUGCUUCGUCACAUGAUGCUGACAUUGAAGAUGCAGAUCAUGGCGACUUAAUCUGUUUCAAAGGUGGUAGAUCGUUGACAAGAAUUAGUAGACGUAAAUCAUCUAUUCUCGAUAAACAUUCUUAUGAAUUAUGGAGACCAAUGGAUACUGUGUAUCAUGCUUCUGGGGGAGGCGGUGAUUCAUCGGACGGCCUGUCAAUAAAUAUUAAAAUUCCACGAUUAACAUCAAUACACUUACAUAAUACAACUGGAUUAUAUUGUGAACAUUCAUCGUCUAGGUUAUCACCGGUUAUCUCAUCUAGUUAUCAACAAACUAAAAGAAAUACUAUCAGUGGUAUGUUAGCCUCUUCAUCAUCUGAUACGAAUCAUUGUCACCGUGGUCGUCGUAACAAGAAAUGCAAGUGUAGACCGCGAAAUAAGAGUGAUACUACUGAUGAUAAACAUGGAGAACAUAACUGUCAUAAAAGUUGUAUCAAAAAUGGCUCACAUUCUUCGUCUAGUUCAUCAUUGUCAACUGAAGAAUCAUCCGAUGAGAAACGUUCGAAAGGUUUCAUUGCAUACAAACAUCGAUUCACCUCUAUACCGGAACAUCAGAACACUUGUGAUACUGAUAUGAUGAAUGUGACUUGUCGUAAUAAGAAAACUAUUCAAAAAAUCAUCAAAUCACCAUCUACCACAACAGAUAACAAUCGUUGUAAAACAGUUGUUGAUCCGUUCAGUUCAAAAUAUCAGUUAGAUGAUUCAACUAAUUCAACUCUAGAUGAACCAGUUGAUCCGGAACUGGUUAAUCUUUUACAUGGAACUUGGCCAUUAUUAAGUAACAGAGCAAAAUUAAAUUAUACAAAAGCAAUGAAUUUAUCUAAUUCAAAACGAUAUCCUAAUUUAAAAAAACGCAAUACACCGAGUAAUCAUAAAAUGAAAGAGGAUUCAAAAUCUAUCCAACAAAAUUCAAUUAAAUUUCUUCCAUCUAAAUUAAAUCAAUUUUAUAUACAAAAUGAUUCAAUAUGUAAGACUGAUAAAUCUAACUGUCAAAUGCCUACACCUCCAUGGAUGAUUAGUGACAAUGAGUCAUUACGGGAUUCUGAUGAAUUUGACUCUGAUCAUAAUAAAAAAGUACACACUCCCUGUGUGAACAAUCAACGUCCAUGUAUUGACAAUUGGAAAGCAGAAGUGUCCCAUGCUAAACCAUUAAACGAGGUAAAUUUCAAUUUUAUUUUCUUUCUGUUACAUUUCGGAACUUCUAAACUUGCAAAUAGUGAUCAGUUUCGUACUCAAAAGAAUCUUAAACAAACAGUUCCCAACUGCUUCUUAGUCUCUAAACUUCUUUUAUUAUUGAAUUUAAAAUAAAAAAAGAAAAGACUCAGAUAGCCAUUCAGGACAGUGUUCGGAUAUUCGCUUAUCAAGUGCAUACUUUGUACGCUAAUCGGUAAUUGUCCACUUAGUCAAUCACAAUGUAUAACUUCGUAUGUAUGUACAUCGGUUCAAGUUAACAUACCCCUUUAGCACACAGAGAUAAAAUUGUCAGACCAAACCCCACAAUAAUAGAGGUAGUUACAAUAUCAGUGGUAUUAGAAAAGAUUAAACAUCGAAGAUGUGGUCCAAGAAGAAAAUAUAAAUUAGUGUAAUAAGAACACAAACAAGACUAUGAGGAUAUUAGAAUUUGGGGUAAGACAGUUAAUGGAUGGACCUGCAUCAUUACAAACAAAUUUGAUCUGUCACUUAAAGUCUCUAACCACUGGUUAUGAUAAUCACAUUGACAGCAACCAUGUAGUCCACACCUGUUAACAUGACUCAGCCAAAAUGUCAAUGACUUCUUGAACUGAUGCCACGUUUUGGUUUGACCGCCCUUACAUUUCUUCAACCGACUCCCAUACCAGACGAUAUCGUCCGUCCAGGUAGCCAUUGUAUUCCGAUAUUAGCAAGCCUAGUAUUUGUAGUCACUAUUUGUUAAUAAGUGUACCAGCGAUUGAUCUCUACCGCUAUGCGCACUGCGGAUUAGUCCCAUGGUAUGACAAAAAUAUCAUCCAGUAGUGCUUUUUAGUUCUUUAUGCUUGUCUAGCUAAUGACAAUCUGUUUAUAUAAAGAAAAAACUGAACAAUCCCAACCAAUCUCCCAAUAUUAAUAACCAUUUGAUCGAUUAAAGAUCACAGUAGCAUUGUAAACAUAAAUGAUUUUUGAGACCUGUUCAUUCUUUCUCUACCUUUAAAAUAAUAUUCCAUAACAAUGUACUUUGCAUUACUUUUGUCUUGUUUUGUAGACCAAUAAAGGUCAUCGUUUAUUGCAAAAACUUGGUUGGAAACCUGGUGAUAAAUUAGGGCAAAAUGGUAAAGGUCUAAUCACACCAGUCAACUGUAAAGAAGAUAGUCAUUCGUUUGCGAUAUGAUUGAGACAUCCGCUUUUUAAGUAUAUUUUUGUUAUUACUAAUCUGUUUUUUUCACGCUGCUAAGUGCUUGUAUAUAUAAAUAGUAUGCAAUUCCAAUGUUAUCAGAUAUGGUGCUUUCUUUGUUGAAAAUAACAUCAAAGGACCAAAUUUUAUCCAUUACAUUUUACAUAUUCAAAUGUGUUCUUCAAUUGAUAUUUACUUACGCCUGUUACUCCCAGUGGAGCAUAGGUUGCCGACCGGCAUUCUCCAACCCACUCUGUCCUCGGAAUUGAUUUUCACUUUCGUGUAUAUACUGUUAAUGUCUUUCUCCAAGAAUCAUUCAAAAUAGUCUGUGAUUCUGUUUUUGUCUUUUUCUCACUGUUGAAUUUUUGUUCUUAAUCGGUGUUCUUUCUUCUUUCAGUCCUAUUCAGUUCAGUAAAUUGUUUGUUUAACAAAUUACUUCCGAUGAUGUUGUUCUGAAUCGACCCCACUUGAUAUCGGAAUCUCCUUUAGAACGACUAUGAAAAAAAUUUUGAUUAAACUAUUUACCUCACGGAAUAUAACAAUAUUUAUUUAUUUGAACACAUAAAUAUUGGUACAAGAGGGCACCAAGUAUAUAUGCGCCACAU